AUGGGGUCAGAUUUCUGGGCUGGCUACUUGAGUGGUGCUCUUGGGAUCCUCAUUGGAAAUCCUCUUGAUGUGGUCAAGGUUCGCCUGCAGGCAGGUAGAUCUGCAGAUGCACCCUCCCAAGCUUCAACCCGGUUGGAGCAGGCCCGUUCUCUCCUUCGAGGUGUGGCAGCCCCCAUCUUGGGAUAUGGGGCCCUCAAUGCUCUUCUUUUUGUGACCUACAAUCAGUCAUUGAUGGCCAUGGACAGUUCCAUUCAAGACCCCACCAAUCCAGAAGGUACAUCCUUGUACAAGAUAUGGAUUGCUGGUGCUGUUGGUGGACUAGUCAGUUGGACCAUCUCUUCUCCUACAGAGUUUAUCAAAUGUCGAGCGCAGCUCGAGUCCCGUCCAGAAGUCUCGUCAUGGGCCGUUGCGAAAAAUAUUUAUCGCACUCGUGGUUGGCGAGGAUUGUACUAUGGGGGAGCAACCACUAGCGCUCGAGACUCUAUUGGUUAUGGAUUCUACUUCUGGUCCUAUGAACUCUGCAAACGUCUGAUGACAUCCAGUGACGAAACUUCAAACCAAACAGCCCUCAAAGUUCUUACAUGCGGUGGCAUAGCGGGUGUCGUGACCUGGGCUUCUGUAUUCCCCCUCGACAUGGUGAAGACGAGACUGCAAGCCCAGACAAUGCAUGAUCAUUCCCUACAGUCCGCAGAGAGAGAGGCUCUUUUACAGCCCCAGAGGAAGAUAUUGAACACAAUUCAAAUUGUUCAAACGACGUACCGAAAUGAGGGCUUGAAAGUCUUCUAUCGCGGACUAGGAAUCUGUAGUAUCAGAGCUUUUAUUGUGAAUGCUGUCCAGUGGGCAUCAUACGAAUGGCUGAUGAAACAAUUCAAGUAA